GGCGUCUGUAUUUGCCUCUGGCGUUUGGUACAAGAGGUCGAGGGUGGCGUCUUCGUAGUAGUCGAGUUCCUUGAUCAGGCCUUCAACUUCGGCCAGGGCAUCCUCAUUUUCGCCGUCUUCGGCAUCGACACUGAGCUGAUUGUCACGCCCAUCUCACGAUUAUUGACAGACUACUGUCUGAGCAAGGUCUUCUCGUUUACCGACUUUCAUGACUGGUUGUGGGCGCGCCACCUGACUAAGUCUCGCGAAGCCACACUCUCCCUUCUCCUGGCUCUUGAAGAGGCCGGCAUUGUUCGCCGUCUGAAUCCCAUUUCAGGUCCGGCUCUAUUUCGAAAUCCCUCCUCCAUCGGUACCGAGGACCGGUUGAAUUUCAAAAAGCGGGCCUCCCUGUUUCAAUAUCUUGCUCGAUAA